AUAGUUUUAUAAAAAUAAAAUAUUAAUUGACUCACGGAGCUCAAGCACGCACAUUUUUUUCUUUGUGUCUCGAUAUUCUUCACCAGAAAAGUGCAGAUUUCAGGAUGUUAUUGAUUACUUGAACUUGACCAAAAACAAAGAUCUGUACACCAUGGACCGGCCUGUCUCAGAUCACAAAGAUCCUACAUAUGUACAUAUCUACAUGGCAGUCAGAACCAUUCUAGAUGUGAAAGAGACUGCCCAAACCUUGGUGACUUACAUUUGGUUGUACAUGGAAUGGAACAAUGAUUUCAUUGGCUGGAAACCACGUGACUUUUGUGGACUUAGAAGCAUAUUCAUUCCAAAGGAAACUUUGUGGAUGCCGGAUAUAACUAUUGAAGAGAUGAUAGAGACGGACAAAUCUCCUCCAAAUCCUUAUCUUGAGAUUUUUUAUCAUGGCGAUGUGUUUAUUAAAACCGAGCAGGUGGUGAUCAGCACCUGCAGGAUCCGUGUUUACAAAUUCCCUUUUGACACUCAGAGGUGCAACAUCUCCUUCAAAUCCAACAUGUACUCUGAUGAAGAGAUAUCUUUAAUGUAUUACGAAAACAAUGAAUGGAUCACAAACCACACUCGCAAAUUGAUAAGUACCCAGUACGAGUGGACUUUCAUCAAAAUGACAGUCAUAAAUGAGACCAUCGACAGUUUUGGUCCCAAUCAAACUAGGAUUGUUUACACGAUCCACACGGAAAGGAGGUCUGUCCUCUACAUCGCAAACUUCAUGCUCCCCGUCUUCUUCUUCUUGUGUCUGGACUUGGCCUCCUUUCUGAUCUCAGACACCGGGGGCGAGAAGCUCGGCUACAAGAUCACCGUGUUGCUUGCUGUCACCGUGAUGCAGCUGAUUCUCAAUGACAUUCUGCCCAGCUCAUCAAACAGGAUCCCUCUUAUAGUGAUCUACUGCAUGGGGAGUUUUUCUCUGAUGCUGCUUAGCCUCUUGGAGACCAUUUUGGUGAUGCAUCUGAUAGAGAAAGACUCUGCAACCCAAGACAAUGAGACAGAUGGAGAGCAAACCCCGAAACGGAGAUGUUGGAACAAACAAGUCAACUCUUUUAGAGAGAUAAAGCAAUGCAUCCGCUGUGUAUCUGUCUCCGAUAUCUCUGCUGAUGAAACGCCAUCUGUGACCAAAGAGGGUAGCAGCUGCCAGCUGAUGAAUGUGCUCCUUGCCUUGGAGAAGGUGUCAGAUGAGCUGGGGGAGAUUGAGCAAACAGUAUCUCAACUCAGCACUGGGAAGGAAGAGGGGAAACCCGGCUACUGGACCAGACUGGCUAAAAAAAUCAACAGGAUUUUCUCAAUUUGUUAUGUCACCGCAGUCUUUCUGUUUGUAGCUGGUAUCCUUUUGGCCUGGUUGGUUUAAGAUGAGUAGUGGUGCUUCAGUUUAAAAAGAGGAUACAAUUCUUGUGGACAUGAUCCCCAUGCAUUUCAAAGCUAUCAUGAACAGAGAUGUAGAACACAAAAGCCCGAAGGAAAACGAUAUUCCAUUGAUACCUUAAACUGGUCAAUAAGUGUUCACACUGAGCUUUAUAAACCAAUCAGAAAUGAUCACAGUUAAUGUGUGCAGGCACA